UAAUCGUAAAAUGCUUAUCGAUAACGCUCCGUUCCAAACACUCAGCUGUUGACAUUUUUGUUAAUUAAAAGGGUAAAAAAAGCAUAUAAACUAUGCCGCUGUACGAAAGCGUAAUGCAAGAAAAACCCCCAAUCGUCCUAGACAUUGGAAAUGCCUAUACUAAGCUCGGCUUUGCGGCAGAGUCUCACCCACGUAAAAUAAUACCCACGGAGGUGGUUUUGACCACAACUGGGGAAACAAAGUUACUCUUCGACUAUGCAGGAACUGAGGAGCUCUACGACCAAAUUGUGGACUUUCUGCAAACCAUUUUCUUCAAGCACCUGCUGGUCAGUCCCAAAGAGCGUAAGUUUGUGAUUGUGGAGAACAUAUAUGGACAGACGAUUAUACGAGAGACGCUUGCACGUGCACUCUUCAUACAUUUCGAUGUUUCUUCGGUGCUUUUUGUUCCUGCUCAUUUAAUUGCUCUGUCCACGUUGGCCGUUCCAACGGGCCUGGUUGUGGACAUUGGAUAUAGUGAGACAACGAUUAUGCCUGUGUUUAGUGGCGUACAAAUUAUGGCUGCAUUUAAGGAUCAUAGCUACGGCAGCAGCGCUGUGCAGGAGGAGAUCAAACGACAACUGCUAGCAACGGGCGUUAAGGAACGACUGCUGACACCCAGUGUCCUGGAGGACAUUAAAGUACGCACCUGCUUUGUGAAUAGCUUUGAGCGUGCCUACAAAGAGGAGAAGCAAUCACCACCCGAUGUGGAGUAUGGUAUUUGUGAUGAUGACGCUGUCAUUAGCAUACCCGGCAGCUUGCGUGAAUCUGUUUACGAGCUACUCUUCGAGCAGAACAAUGAACGAGAUAGCUUGCCACAUUUGAUACUGCGCGCCAUACUCGAUUGCAGCAUGGAUGUGCGUCGAUCCCUGGUGGAGAGCAUCUUUGUAAUUGGCGGUGGGGCCAUGGUUCCGGGGCUGCUGGCACGGCUCAAACAAGAGCUGCAGCAUCUACUAGAAAAUGACAGCUACUAUGCCACACGUUUCCACGGCCAGUUGCAGUUCAAGUUCUAUCAAACGAUUGGCAAACAGAAUUUCACAGCCUGGCUAGGCGGCUCCCUAUGUGGAGCCACUGAUCUCAUUCAAACGCGUUCGCUAACCAAGGACUCAUAUCUAAGAAACGAACAUGUGCCCGAUUGGAGUAAUCUCUGUGACAAUAGAAAUGGUGGCUGAAUUGAACGAACUCUUUAUAUAUAUAUAUAUACAAUCUAUA